CAGUUUUGUAAAUUAUUAUGGUUGCAUUUAUCUGUUAGUGUAUUGAUAAACACUGAGUAAUCCAGCUUGUUCAGUUAUCACCGUAUACCAGUCAAGCUGAGGCGACUGUCAGGUACAGACUUAAGCUGAAUGCUAGAUCAGAACAGGUUAGAGCUGUUCUUGGGACAUACAUAGGAGCUCUCCACUUGCUGCUGUCACCACUUGAACUGUGGAAACAGUACAAGACAAUUGCGUCCUCCUGGAACCCACUAGUUUUCAAUAGUUGCAAAGGCAAAGUCCUCCGGCCAUGAAUUCUUUGACAGACUGAUCAAGAAUCUUCAAGGAUACUAAUGCACUACCUGCUGGACCUCUGCAUCAACUUGACUUUGAGCUUUGUUAGUAUCAUCAAUGGCAUACACCCACAUGCGCAAUAGAGUCACAAUUGGAGGAGCAAUGCUUCUUAUGUCUGGUGCCAUUUGUUUUGCAUGGUGGAGUGAUGAGCAACCAGACCCCACUCAAAGCCCAGAACCUUCAUCCAAUGAAGACGUGGUGGCAGCUAUCCAGCAAACGUCCUUGAACCCAUUACUAAGAUCAAUCAGUGUUUUGUUCUGCUUGAUUGGAGGAUUCAUGCUUUCUUUUGGCCUCCUUUGGUCUGCAAAGGUGAAUAGGCAAAUGUCCAGGGGUUACAGACAUUGGAAUAGAACAACUGUAUAUUUUAACACCACGGAGUGGAGAGCAAAAUAUAGACAAAGCAGUCCUGAUAACUUUCAAGUUCCUUCAUAUAAUGAGGCUCUGAACUGCAGACCAGUGGUGAUGGUGCCAUCUAGCAAUCUGCUGAUUCCACUACCUCCCAGAGAUCCAGAUCUUCCACCAUCAUGUGAAAUGCUAACGGAUGUUGGCAGAGUUCGGCUUACACCCUGCAGGCGUAGUCUGUCUGACAGUGCACUGUCACAGAGAGUGCCAACUCAGAUUUUGCAUCAGGAAGAGCUUGGGUCAGGGUCUCUAACAUCUGCAACCUACACCACCCCUCCACCCAGCUACGAGAAUCUCCGCAUGCAGAUUUGACAAUGAAUGCCUGGAACUGAGGACAAAGCAUUCAGGGCUCAAUGUUUCAAGAGUUGGGAAAUCUUGAUGAACCUUUAAAACUGGCAGGUGGAAUCCAGGUGCAGAAUUCCCAUCAUUUCUGACAAAUCCAACUUUUGCACAUAAAGGGAAGAGGGAGGGGACAUGAAUCACAUGCUGAAUUCAGCAGGAUUGUUUGAAAUUUGUGUCGUGUUCAAACAUUUUGAGUGUUCUCAGGACCUUAACCUGCCUGGUAGGAGUUACAAAUUGUUGGAGCAUGCGUAAAUGCGGAUAUGGCCUCUUUAAAUAGAAUGAUGUGAAGUUGUUUUUUUUGAGAUAAUAUGCUCUUUAGACUUAAGUAAAAGGUUGCAGCUGCUGGUUAGAAUUUAAGAAUAAAACCCUCUGCUGGAUAGUUUUGAACCACUUGAGGAUAUUUAAAAACUUUGUAUAUAGUGAAUGACAACUUUCUCACUCUCAAGUUUGUACAAGUGAUAAGCUUAUUAGAUAUGCUAGAGGUUUAUGCAUUUUGUCAUACCUACAUAGCUCCUGACAUCUGCCCAUAAUGGAUACUUGGUGAGUGAUACAGAGUUGGUAUGAUGUCAGAAGAGGGACAUGACUUAACAUGCAGGCUAUGAGGA